CCUCCCUCCACCGCCCUCCACCGCCCUCCACCGCCCUCCCCUCGCGCCCCCUCUGUUCAUCGCCCCUCGCCCCCUCCCGGAACGCUCCUCCCUCUCAACACCAUGUCCAUCAUGAGCUAUAACGGUUCGGCCAUGCUCGCCAUGGUCGGCCGCGACUGCGUCGCCAUCGCCUCCGACACCCAGCUCAGCGCCAAUGGCCAGAUGAUUUCCACCGACUUCCAGCGUGUCCAUAUGGUCAACAACAAUGUCAUGAUCGGCAUGAGUGGCCUUGCCACCGAUGUGCAGACCCUGUGGGCCGACUUCCGUGCCCGCACCAAGAUGUACAAGCUCCGCGAGGAGCGUGACAUCAGCCCCCGUGCCUUUGCGCAUAUGGUGUCUUCGGCUCUGUACCAGCGCCGCUUCGGCCCCUAUUUCAUCGAGCCCGUCAUCGCCGGCAUCGACCCGGACACCAAGAAGCCCUAUGUCUGCUCCACCGACAUCAUCGGCUGCAUCGAGAAGUCCCCGAACUUUGUCGUCGCCGGGACGUGCACGGAGAACCUGUACGGCAUGUGCGAGACCCUCUUCCGGCCAGACAUGGAUGCCGAUGACCUCUUCGAGACCGUCGCCCAGGCCCUCGUCAAUGCCUUCGACCGUGAUGCAUACAGUGGCCAGGGUGCCAUUGUCCAUAUCCUCACCCCCACCGAGUUGAUCACUCGCACGAUCAAGACUCGCACCGAUUGAGCGAGCAAUGCGGCUGUCGCCGCUCGGCUUCCCUCCCUGUCCCGCCGGAUGUCUCUGGCCGCCCCUUUUCUCCCUCUCCAUGUAUUCAUAGUCUCCCCUCCCUGUCUUUUUAUUCCUCCCCGGCCCCCCACAAUCUCCCCCCGCCCCCCCCUCCCGGCCUGGCCUGCCAGGCGCAUUGGCUCCCGGCCACCUGGGACGCGAGGGGAUGGUGGGCGGCCGGCCCGGGGCCCGAAGUAUGCUCGCGCACGGAUGCCAUGGCACUUGUGCGACCGGCCGCGUGCGCCUCUCCCUCCUCCUGUCCUUCCUGAAAUGAUGGUCGCCCCCUUCAAAUGAACAAACACACUCCAAGCC